CCUGCCUCUCGCUUCAGAUGCAGGAACAGACCAGAGAGCUGUGACUGUGUUAGUAGCACAGGGAGAGCAUGACUGGAUUGGAAUCUCAAAGGAGCGGCAGCACUGCGAACGAAGCCCCAGUCGCGGUCACUGUCGUAGGCUUCCUCUGUGCGAGGGGAGACGGGGAAAUCAUUUAAGUGAGCUCGAGCCACCUCUGGACAGAGCAAUGUGGGCAAGAGGAGCCGGGCACGGGAGCUGCUUGCCAUUCGGAUAAUCUCUGUUCCUAGUCUCAGUUCUGUGCAGCAUCCCUGCUUUUUGGAGGGGCAAUGUGGAGUCAAGGUUUCAUAUGGAACUUGGAAUAAAAAGCAAGAUCACCUCUCUCUUUUUUAACCAAACCAAAAUAAUUUUUGGGGGUACAGUAUCUUUCUCUUUCUCUCGCUUUCUUCCCCCCACUUUUUCUGCUAGCAGCUGGAGGGGGAGAUUGUGACACCAAAGGGAAUAUUUUCUGUGCAUGAGAGACUUCUCAACAAGUAAGCACAUUGUUUCCUAACUCCUGGCUGAGUGGGCUUCAGUUAGCCAACGGGCUGCUUUUGCAGCACACAUUAUGAUUUGACAGGAUGGCAGGCAAAAGAACAGCUGGCAGAAAGCAAUAGGGUGGGGGGAACCAAUAAGGAAGCCAUCCACAACCUGCCCCUUCUCAAUAAAAUAAGCCUACAGAUAUCCUUGUCAAUAAUAAUUGUGGAACACUUUUGACGUCACAAUGCGCAGAUCUAGCACGGAUGAAUCAACGUAUCACAGGAGCCCUUCUCUGGACAGCAAGGAUUACAGUUUUCCAAAUGGCGCUUUCCGUCGCUACAGCAGCAUGUAUGGCGGCCAGUUUGGGGCCGCAAGCAACUCUUUUUUUGGAUUCCACACUAACCCGGGCCCUAAGGCCACCAAGGCUAAGUACACAUCUCCCAAAGGGAACAAGUAUGUGGUCUUUUACUUGGAUCUCUCCUUUAUUUUCCUUCUAGAACUGAAGAGGUGCAGCAUGGCUCACAACUGCCUGCAGUGCAUUAAGUACCUCAUGUUUGUCUUCAACCUUCUGUUCUGGCUGGGAGGCUGUGGGAUCCUCGGAGUUGGCAUAUGGCUAGCCGUCACCCAGGGGAACUUUGCUACUCUCUCUUCUUCCUUCCCAUCCCUGUCGGCUGCCAACCUGCUCAUCAUCACAGGGACCUUUGUAAUGAUCAUUGGCUUUGUGGGAUGCAUAGGAGCCAUCAAAGAAAACAAGUGCCUCCUGCUUACUUUUUUUAUCAUGCUGUUACUCGUAUUUGUGCUGGAGCUUACUGUCGUGAUUCUGUUCUUCGUCUACACAGACAAGAUUGAUAAGUAUGCUCAGCGUGACCUGAAGAAAGGGCUUCAUUUGUAUGGAACUGAUGGAAAUAUUGGCCUAACUAAUGCAUGGAGCAUCAUACAAACAGAUUUCAGAUGCUGCGGCGUGUCAAACUACACUGACUGGUUUGACGUGUACAACACCACACGGGUGCCCGAUUCCUGCUGCUUGGAGUUCAGUGAGAAUUGUGGUCUUCAUUCACCAGGGACCUGGUGGAAAGCUCCUUGUUAUGAAACAGUAAAAAUAUGGCUCCAGGAAAACCUGUUAGCGGUGGGAAUUUUUGGAUUAUGUACAGCUUUGGUUCAGAUUCUUGGACUGACAUUUGCAAUGACCAUGUACUGUCAGGUCGUCAAGGCAGAUACCUACUGUGCAUAAAACAUAUUCAGAGUCCAUCAGCCCCGGCUCACCUCUACAAGAUGAAAGAGGACACUACUUCAUGCUCAACCAUAAUUUUUUUCUAUGUAAAAUAAACUGUGUAUAACCCUCUCUGGAAA